CCCAUUUGUACGACUGAUGUUAUGUCUAUCAUAGCAGGGAUAUACAACCCAGAAGAUGAUUGUCUUCCUUCUGAGAACAGUACGGUUACAGCAGAGAAAAUGAAACAGUCUAAAGUCAGACAAGAUGCAUCACCGAGUGCUGCCAGCAACAAAGAGGUGGCAUUUGUACCGCCAAACGUGAUGGAAACUGAUGCAGCUACAGCAUCUUCUGGAGUGCGGGAUAUUUCUGGGGACCGAGUAAACGAUAAAAAUUCUCUUCCUGUAACAGUUUUCAAAACCGUUGAAGUGGUGACAGAAAAUGAUCAUCAAAGCAAUGUUGAGAAUGACGACUACAGCAUGUGCAGUCAGGAAAUGACGCGUCCAGAUGCACUAUGUAACGGUGACGGUUUCCAAACCAAAGAACAAAUGGCCUUUUUAGAAAUAAUGCAGCUCACCACUUCAACCCAACCGACAACCACAAGUACCAGUAACUUGAGCAUUAGCAAUCCGAAUGUAACAGUGCAAAAUCUCCCAACUGUCACUUUGAGCACGUUGAACAGAGUUGAAAACUCUUGUUACAUGUCACUACCUUCUUCACACACUGGAGACGAUGAAGUUUCUGUCAUUCAAGAAUUACAUGCCAACGUACCGCCAAUUGUACACACAAUGAAAGAGUCAACACGGGUUAACCAACAGCAGUCCUUGUCGCAAAAUGAUAGAUUAAACCAGACACAGAUCACAGUGGAUGAUGAUGAUAAUGAUUUAUUUCUUUCACCAUUUACAAUGACUCCUGAGAAAUAACCCACUUAAAUUUAGUGACAAAUAACUAAAAUUCCUGGUGAGAAAUAACCACUAAAACUCAAGUGAGAAAUAACUCGCUAAAACCCUUGUGAGAAAUAACUCCUAGUUUACAGCCAGCAUUAUGUAAUUAUGAUGAAGUAUUAUUUUUCCUUUUGAAGCCCAGAUUAUUAAAAUAACUUAAAAGUACCCUGAUAGUUACAAUUAGUAACGCUCCCUGUGUUAAAAGGCACAUUUGUGAUGCAGCCCACAUUUGUAUUUUAUGUGAACACAUAAUAAAAUUUAACAUGCACUGUAUAAGUUGCAGAGGACUACUAUCAAACACAACUUGUUCAAUAACUUGGGCACUUUAAGCCAUGGAGCUGCAAUCUCUCUGUACUACUGCAUGAUGGGAUAAAUAAUUUGACAUUGACAGUGUAUGCGGACAUUACUUGAUAUGGUUGCUAAACAUCUUACGAACACCUGCGUCUGCCUUGAAAGGACACAUUGUCACACAAAAAAUUGGACUAAUAAUUCGAAUGCAUCUAUGAUUGACAGAUAAUUUGAAGACUUCCUUGAUCGUUUAAAUUGUGUCUUCUCGUCAACUUUUAGAUGAGAAUUAUGCUUAAAUUACGCAUGAUUGUAUAUGACAGAAAAAUACAUUAUUCUAUGGAUACUUAGAUAUUUUCUGGAGCACUCUGACCACAUGCAUCACUCUAUAGUCUGAUUUGCCUAUUGAAAUCUGGCUGUUAUCUUUGCAUACACCAUCACCUUAGUUUGGCACAUUGAUGACCUUAACGCUGUAUGCUGCCCAAAUUACGUGGAGUAUAAUUUGUGUACCGCUCAAUUGAUGUUUAUUCACACAAUUUUGAGAAACUGGAAAAUUCAGUCUGUUGGAUUGCAGAAAUGAAAAACCAAUCACCAUUUUCCCCCCGAAGCUUGAACCUUGAAGAUACUUGCACUACUGAUAAUGAGAUGUUAGUAGUGUACUUGCCCUUCCUUUUUCCAAUCUAGCUACAUGUAUUAUUUUAUGUUAAUGCACUAUUAUUUGAGAACUUUUAUACAAUUCAUGUUACUGUAAAAUACUUUAUUUUUUAUUGGGAAUUCAUUUUUGCUGAAGGAUUAGGUAGAAAUUUACGUCAAAAAUCAGUGAAAAUAAAAUUCAUA